UGCGCAUGCGCGGUGAGGGGGCGGAACCGGGGCGGGGCUGUACGCCGUGUUCUGAGAGAAGGCGGUGUCAGGAUUCGGGCUGCACGGGGACGGCGGGUUCGGGUCUGGGGUGGACGCCACGGGCCGGAGCGAGGCGGCCAGAAAACAAGUCCGGUCCGGUCUUCAGGACCGGACAGCAGCCGGCGGGGCCGAGGCCGGGGUACGCGGCCUGGAGGACAGAGGCCGGGGCUGAGCAAGUGUCCGGGCCGGGGCGAGCCAGAGCCCUUUAUGGAAUUCUCUUGAUACUCAGGAGAUGUCAUAUUUCAUCAUGAAACCAGCUUUGACAGUUGUGAAUUAGAAGGUAAUAUAUUGUUCAUCACUGAGGGAAGUCAGGGCACAAACCUGAAGGCAGAGCUGACACAGAGACCAUGGAAGAAUGCUGACUAUGGCUUGCUCAGCCUACAUUCUUAAAGCACCCAGGACCAACAUCCUAGGGGUAGCCCCUCCUGAGAUAAUGGAUCUGGAUGUCCCUCUGUAAUGCAAUGCCACGUGGUCCAAAAGCAAACAUGUAUGGGCUACUGCCAUCGUAGGAACCCAGGGCCUGGAGACAGCUCUGCUUUGGGAAAUCAGGUGAGGUGUGACCCAGGAACAAGAAGCAUACUCUCACCAAUGACAUCAUGACAGCAAGAGAGCACAGCCCUCGCCAUGGUGCCAGGGCCCGUGCGAUGCAGCGGGCGUCCACCAUUGAUGUGGCAGCCGACAUGGUGGGCCUCUCUUUGGCAGGAAAUAUCCAAGACCCGGAUGAGCCCAUUUUAGAAUUCAGCUUAGCUUGCAGUGAGCUGCACACUCCAUCGCUAGAUCGAAAACCAAAUAGUUUUGUGGCUGUGAGUGUCACCACCCCUCCGCAGGCAUUCUGGACGAAACACGCGCAGACGGAGAUCAUCGAGGGAACCAACAACCCUAUCUUUCUAAGCAGCAUUGCCUUCUUUCAAGACUCCCUUAUCAAUCAGAUGACCCAGAUCAAGCUGUCUGUGUAUGAUGUCAAAGACAGAUCUCAGGGAACAAUGUACUUACUGGGCUCUGGAACAUUUGUGGUCAAAGAUCUGCUCCAGGACAGGCAUCACAGAUUGCAUCUGACACUGAGGUCUGCAGAGAGUGAUCGAGUCGGCAACAUAACUGUGAUUGGCUGGCAGAUGGAGGAGAAGUCAGACCAGCAGCCCCCUGUAACCAGGUCUCUGGACACUGUCAAUGGAAGGAUGGUUCUGCCAGUUGAUGAGAGCUUGACCGAGGCCUUGGGAAUACGAUCUAAAUAUGCAUCUUUGCGAAAAGACAGCUUACUGAAAGCGGUGUUUGGUGGUGCUAUCUGCCGCAUGUACCGCUUCCCAACCACUGAUGGCAACCACCUACGGAUCCUGGAGCAGAUGGCAGAGAGUGUCCUCUCCCUGCACGUGCCUCGGCAGUUUGUGAAGCUACUGCUGGAAGAAGAUGCAGCCAGAGUAUGUGAGUUGGAAGAGUUGGGGGAGCUGUCCCCUUGCUGGGAGAGCCUCCGGCGCCAGAUUGUCACCCAGUAUCAAACUAUUAUCCUCACCUACCAGGAGAAUCUUACCGACCUCCAUCAGUACAAAGGUCCUUCCUUUAAAGCAAGCAGUUUGAAAGCAGAUAAAAAGUUAGAAUUUGUUCCCACAAACCUGCACAUACAACGGAUGCGAGUUCAAGACGACGGAGGCUCAGAUCAGAACUACGAUGUCGUCACUAUUGGAGCCCCAGCAGCACACUGCCAAGGUUUUAAGUCAGGAGGUCUUCGAAAAAAGCUGCACAAGUUUGAAGAGGCCAAGAAGCACAGUUUUGAGGAGUGUUGUACAUCUUCUAGCUGCCAGUCCAUCAUCUACAUACCACAGGACAUCAUCCGAGCCAAGGAGAUCAUUGCCCAGAUCAACACCCUGAAAACCCAGGUUAGCUACUACGCAGAACGGCUCUCAAGGGCUGCGAAGGACAGGUCUGCCACUGGCCUUGAGAGGACUCUUGCCAUCUUGGCAGACAAGACUCGGCAGUUGGUGACUGUCUGUGACUGUAAGCUGCUGGCCAACUCCAUCCAUGGGCUGAAUGCAGCACGGCCCGACUACAUCGCUUCCAAGGCCUCCCCUACCUCAACUGAGGAGGAGCAGGUGAUGCUGCGGAAUGACCAGGACACCCUCAUGGCCAGGUGGGCGGGGAGAAGCAGCCGGUCUUCCCUGCAGGUGGAUUGGCAUGAGGAGGAGUGGGAGAAAGUGUGGCUGAAUGUGGACAAGAGCCUGGAGUGCAUCAUUCAGCGGGUGGACAAGCUGCUGCAGAAGGAACGUCUGCAUGGGGAGGGUUGCGAGGACGCCUUUCCCUGUUCAAGCACCUGUUCCAGCAAGAAAGGUAACCGGGACAGCCAAGCCUACUGGAUCAGACCGGAGGACCCCUUCUGUGACGCCCCCUCCUCGACAUGCCCCUCCUCCAUGCCCACUGCUGCAUGCCAUCCUCAUUCAAGCACACAUUGCAGUCCCCCUCCUGAAGAGUCCAGUCCAGGUGAGUGGAGUGAGGCCCUUUACCCUCUGCUGACCACCCUCACAGACUGUGUAGCCAUGAUGAGCGACAAGGCUAAGGCAGCCAUGGUCUUCCUGCUCAUGCAGGACAGCGCCCCCACCAUCGCAUCAUACCUCAGCCUGCAGUAUCGCCGUGACGUCGUCUUCUGCCAAACCCUGACAGCACUCAUCUGCGGCUUUAUCAUCAAGCUGAGGAACUGCCUGCACGACAGUGGCUUCCUGCGGCAGCUUUACACCAUUGGGCUUCUGGCCCAGUUUGAGAGCCUGCUGAGUACCUACGGAGAGGAGUUGGCCAUGUUGGAGGACAUGAGCCUUGGAAUCAUGGACCUGAGAAAUGUGACCUUUAAAGUCACUCAGGCCACUUCAAAUGCGUCUAGUGACAUGCUACCAGUCAUCACAGGAAACCGGGAUGGCUUUAAUGUGCGGAUCCCUCUGCCAGGCCCACUGUUUGACUCCCUCCCCCGAGAGAUCCAGAGUGGCAUGCUGCUGCGGGUGCAGCCUGUCCUCUUCAAUGUGGGCAUCAAUGAACAACAGACACUGGCCGAAAGGUUUGGAGAUACAUCCUUACAAGAAGUUAUCAAUGUGGAGAGCUUGGUGCGGUUAAAUUCCUACUUUGAGCAGUUUAAGGAGGUUUUGCCAGAGGACUGUCUACCUCGAUCUCGGAGUCAGACCUGCCUUCCAGAGCUGCUGCGGUUUCUGGGACAGAAUGUCCAUGCGCGAAAGAAUAAGAACGUGGACAUCCUCUGGCAAGCUGCUGAGGUCUGUCGCCGCCUUAAUGGGGUCCGAUUCACCAGUUGCAAGAGUGCGAAGGACCGCACCGCCAUGUCGGUGACCCUGGAGCAGUGUCUGAUCCUGCAGCAUGAGCAUGGCAUGGCCCCUCAGGUCUUCACACAAGCCCUGGAGUGCAUGCGCAGUGAGGGUUGUCGGCGAGAAAACACAAUGAAGAAUGUUGGAAGUCGCAAAUAUGCAUUUAACUCCCUGCAGCUGAAGGCCUUCCCCAAGCAUUACAGGCCUCCAGAAGGGACAUACGGAAAAGUUGAGACAUGA